AUGAAGCCGGCGGGAACGCUUGCAUCGUUCAUGGAGCGCUGCAGCGCCAGAAAACCUGGUCGGGGUUGCGUAGUCCUCACCGGCGCAGGUUGCAGCACAGAGAGUGGCAUCCCCGACUACCGCGGGCCCAACGGCCAGUACCACCGCACUGAUUUCGUGCUGCUGACCUUUCAGAGCUUUAUGCGCGACGACAACGAAAAGCGACGCUACUGGGGCCGCAGCAUGCUCGGGUACUUGACCAUGUCCGGUGCCUCCUGCAAUGCCGCUCACAUGGCGCUGCAUGCUUUCACCAAGUCCGGGGCCGUGGCACACAUCCUCACGCAAAACGUCGACGGGCUGCACCACCUCGCUACGUAUGGCGGGGCCGGUGAUGCGGAGGAGGAGCACUACUACAAGUACACCACAAGUGAUGCGCCGCUGAAGGAGGUGCACGGCAACAUUCACAACGUCAUCUGCACGUCCUGCGGCUUUCUCAUGCCGCGUGCGCGUCUGCAGCGGGAACUGCGAGAAAAGAAUCCGGCUUUGUAUGAGCAGUACGGGACGGAUAUGUCGCGCGUGCGGCCGGACGGCGACUACAGUGCGCCAACGGAGGCCGCGAAUGCGAUGCAUCUCGUCAUGUGCCCCCGGUGCAACGGCUUCCUCAAGCCGCAUGUCGUUCUGUUCGGUGAGAACGUGGCGAAGCCAAUUGUGGAGACCACGAUGAGUGUUGUGCGCGACAAGGCCUCCUGCCUGCUGUGCCUCGGCACCUCCCUGCAGGUGUACAGCGCCUAUCGGUACGUCUUAGAGGCAAAGCAGUUAGGGAUUCCGGUGGCCAUCGUCAACGCUGGAGCGACGCGGGCCGACGCCAUCGCUGACCUCAAACUUAAUGUGGAGAGCGUCGGAAGCGUGUUGGCGGAGACGGCGCAUGAGAUGCUUGGCGUGCCGGCGUUCAUGUUCUUCCGCCAGAAGGCGAUUCAACUCUAG